CGUAGGCAGUGAAUGUUUCGGCAGACACUUGGAAGGUUAAGACGGCGUAAUUGUCAAAAUUAGUUUCAAAUAAUAUGUCUUCGUUGGCAGACAACUUUAAUUCUGAAUCCAUAGUACACUAUAACGGUGAUAUUUCUACAACCAGCUGCUCACAAGGAGGUGCAAAUCCACACUCAGAUUCUGGGUGUAACAAGACUAGCAGCCAUAUCCCGUCUUCAAGUAAUGUUACAGAAAUCCUGCCUCAAUCUUCUGAUACUGAGAAGCAGUAUGCUACAACAGACUCAAAAGAGGAUAUGGUGGUAUUAUCCGUCUUCUGGCGUAAAGGUAUGCUUGGUGCCGCUUAUUACUCUGCUGAAACUUCAGAGGUGCAUAUAGCAACAGAUAUUGUUGAUGUGAAUCCUGAAUUCAAUAUCCUGCAGAGUCUCUAUCACCUUGUUGAGCCAAGUUGUGUACUAGUGAUCUCGCAAGUUCCAGACUCUUUCAUUUCAAUGCUAAAGUCUCUGACAGGGGCAGACAGCCCAUCAGAUUAUGGUGCCAGCAAAGAAAAUAUUCAUCCAGAAAGAAAACUGAAUAUUUUGCCACGGAAAGAUUACAAUUUUGAGGCAUGCAGAAGGAGAAUCUUCCUGCUGAAACUUCCCAGUGAACCAGUAGACUGUAAUGAAGAGGAACAUCUUAUGUACCUGAACUCACUAAUUGACAUGACAAAUGAAUCCAUGAUACAAGCACUUGGUGUUCUACUGAAGUGGCUUGAUGUAUCCUGGGGUUUUCUACAUCUUGAUGAGCAGACUCAAGCUCCAAUAAUGGCUAUUAAUACUAUUUCACUGGAAGACAUUGUGAUGAUGAACCGUGAGACAUACGAAGCCCUGCAGAUUUUCAAUCAGUUAGCUCAUCCAUCUAGCUUCAAGCGAGGUGCACGUGGAAGUUACAGGGAGGGACUCAGUGUGUAUGGGAUAUUCAACAGAUGUAAAUCCCAACUAGGAUGCAAGUUUAUGAGGGUCAUGUUUCUCCACCCUUCUCGGGACAUUGAUGUGCUUAACUCACGCUUUGAUGUAGUCCAAUUCUGCGUUCAGCCAAAAAAUGAAGACAUAGUGAAGAACAUGCUUGUGUGUAUGAAGAAUAUAAAAAACAUCACAAGAAUCAUAAGUAGACUGACCAAACUGUCGGCUUCUGUUCGCGAGUGGAAGUGUCUUCAUAAGACCAUCUACUAUGGCAUAAUGUUAGGAAAUUUGUGUGAGGCGAUUGCGUCCGAAGCAAAACUUUUCAGGGAAAUUGCAGGGUGUAUCACAGAAGAGAUGUGCCAGACAGACUACUGCAUCAAUCGGAUAAUUGACUUUAAGGAGGCAGAACUUCAGAACACAUUUGUUGUCAAACUUGGGGUUGAUGAGGAGCUUGACAGAUUGAAGCAGAAAUGUGGUGGGAUACCGGAACUGAUCUCAAGUGUGGCGCAACAAGAACUGAAGCACUUGCCCCCAUACAUCAAGGAGUGUGCGCUCGUGUACAUUCCAGAGAUAGGCUACUUGUUAUCUUUGCCCCCAUGGAAAGAGUCAAUGACUGAAGAAGACUGGAAUGUUCCUGGAACUGAAUUCAUGUUCAAACUGGGGAAUGUAGGACACUACAAGACUGCUCGCUGUCAAGAACUAGAUGGGAUGCUGGGUGACACUACGGUUGAAAUAGCAGAAUAUGAGUCUCGUAUUUUGCUGAAACUCGUUCAAUUCAUUCAAGAACGAAUUGCACCACUACACAAGCUCAUCAAGUUGGCAUCUGAGCUAGACUGCUUGAUUGCACUGGCCUUGGUGGCUAAGGAGAACAACUACGUACGCCCAGUACUGACAACAGAGCGAGUGCUCGAGAUCGAAGGAGGGCGACAUCCCUUGCAGGAGCUGUGUGUUGAUGACUUUGUUCCAAAUGACACAUUCUCUGGAGAACAACAUAGCCUUAUGAAGAUUAUUACUGGACCAAAUUCAAGCGGCAAGAGUGUCUAUCUUAAACAGGUGGCCCUCAUUGCAUUCCUUGCUCAUAUUGGCAGCUUUGUUCCUGCAAAAAGGGCAAAGAUAGGGGUACUUCAUCAUAUUCACACACGUAUCCAGACCGUUGAAUCUAUUGCAACCAACAUCUCUGCCUUCAUGAUUGACUUAAAACAGAUGAUUUUGUCACUGUAUUCAUCCACACCUUCUUCCCUCAUCAUUGUGGAUGAAUUUGGAAAGGGUACAACUGAGAUCGAUGGUCUGGCAUUGCUUGCUUCAUGCCUGGAUCACUUUCUGAGCCGUGAAGUGAAGUGCCCACAUGUUCUAGCAUCCACACACUUCCAUGAUGUUGUCAGUUUAGUACAGAAGUCUAGAUACCUCAAAUUACAGACUAUGGAAUACAUUGCGGACCAUGACGGCCAAAUUGUUAACCUUUUCAAGUUGAAGGACGGUAGUGUACAAACAAGCUGUGCUCUUCCUAUAGCAGAAUCAGUUCUCCUUGGAUCUGUUGCCUGUAAUAGAGCUCAGAAGAUAUAUGAGGCAUUGAAGACUGGAGGAAAAAUUCCUGUUCCUGCAAAUUCCAAAAGAGCACUCAGAAUGGAAAAGUACAGGAAUCUUGCACAGACGAUCAUAUCCUCAGAUUAUAUAGAUAUUGAAGAAAUCCAAGAAAUGUGUAGCAAGCCAUGAAAUAGUUGCAAGGAAAGUAUGA